CCCUCUCAACCCCCAACCCCCGUUUGUCCCGAUCAAACCCCGGGAUGGCCAGUGGAUUCCCACUCCCUCCCUGACCCGUGCACCACUGGCAAAUUAUAGCUGAAAGGCCAUCACACAAGUAUAAAAGGAGGACACCUUGCCUCCCCUGCUUUCCACCUUAUCUCAUCUAUCUAUCUCUUACCAAAGAAAGAAUUAAUAAUGGUUGCGAAGUCCAUCUCUCUUCUCCCAUGGCUACAGAAUUACAUCUCCUUCCUCUUCUUCUCCUUCACCACCAUCUUCUUUUUACUCUCUAUACUACUUCUAUUGCUGAGAUUCUGGCCGUGGUGCAACUGCCACGUCUGCAAGGCCUUCCUGAGCUCGUCGUGGACCGCCGAGUUCACGAACCUCAGCGACUGGUACACCCACCUCCUCCGCCGAUCCCCUACCGGGACCAUCAAUAUCCAUGUGCUUGGUAACACGGUCACCGCCAACCCCGACAACGUGGAGUACAUGCUCAAGACCCGGUUCGACAACUUCCCCAAGGGGAAGCCCUUCUCCUCCCUCCUCGGCGACCUCCUCGGCCGCGGAAUCUUCAACGUCGACGGCGACUCCUGGCAGUUCCAGCGCAAGAUGGCCAGCCUCGAGCUCGGGAGCGUCUCCGUCCGCUCGUAUGCCUUCCACAUCGUCACCGCCGAGAUCCGCCGCCGCCUCAUCCCCCUCUUCGCCUCCCUCUCCGACGGCGUCAUCGAUCUCCAGGAUGUCUUCCGGCGCUUCGCCUUCGACAGCAUAUGCAAGAUCUCCUUCGGGCUCUACCCGGGCUGCCUGGAGGCGUCGCUGCCCAUGUCGGAGUUCGCGGCGGCCUUCGACACGGCGUCGAGGCUGUCUGCCAAGCGGGGAACGGCGGUGGCGCCGGCGUUGUGGAAGCUGAAGCGGCUUCUGAACGUGGGCUCGGAGAGGGAGCUGAAGCGGGCCAUCCGGCUGGUCAACGUGCUAGCCGACGAGGUCAUAAGACAGAGGAGGGAGCUGGGAUCCGCCUCCAGCCACGACCUCCUCUCGAGAUUCAUGUGCUCGGUCAACGACGACCGCUACCUACGCGACAUCGUCAUAAGUUUCUUGCUGGCCGGCCGCGACACGGUCGCGUCAGGCCUCACCACCUUCUUCCUUGUCCUCUCCAAGCAUCCAGCAGUAACGGCCGCCAUUCGAGAAGAGAUAGCCAACGUCAUGAGAGGCAGCGGCGACGACGACGUGGCGAGCUUCGAGCAGCUGAAGAAGAUGCACUACGUCCACGCGGCGAUGUACGAGAGCCUCCGGCUCUACCCCCCGGUCCAAUUCGACUCCAAAUUCUGCGUCGAGGACGACGUGCUCCCCGACGGGACCUUCGUGAGGAAGGGGACCAGGGUGACGUACCACCCCUAUGCCAUGGGGAGGAUGGAGAGCAUCUGGGGACCCGACUGCGAGGAGUUCAAGCCGGAGCGGUGGCUCCACGACGGGAAGUUCGUGCCAGCGAGCCCAUUCAAGUACCCGGUGUUCCAGGGCGGGCUCCGGGUGUGCCUCGGGAAGGAGAUGGCUCUCAUGGAAAUGAAGGCCGUCAUCGUGUCGGUGGUUCCGAGAUUCGACCUCCGAGUGCUCGAUACGGGCCGAUCGCUGAAGUUCGCCCCCGGGCUCUCUGCAUCCAUUGACGGCGGGCUGCCAGCUCAGGUGCGGCGGAGGAGAUCCCCGGCUCACGGUCCAUGCUAGCAAUAUCAACAGUGUAGUAUGUUAUACUGUACUCUGUUGAUCCCAUGGUGGGAUAUCUCAUGUACAGAGAGAGGCAGGAGAGUGUUAAUAAUUAAUUCUAUCAGUGGUGGCUGCAGUAGUCUGUAUGUUUUUUUAGAAAGGCAUGAAUUUAAACAAAAAAAUGUAUGGACUUAAUUUCCA